AUGGAGAAAAACUUUGAGACCCUGACGUGUUCCGAAGAGUCUAAGAAGAAGAUGGCAGUAUAUUACUUAGACAAAGACGCAGCAGAAUGGUGGGAGAGUAGGGAUCGCCAAGUGGGACAUCUGGUCAUCACUUGGUCGGCAUUCAAACAAGAAUUUGAACGCAAGUACUUCACCCUGGAGUCUAAGCGAAGGCUUCAACAGUUAGAAAAUAGACUGGUAGUCGGGAAAUACGAGAGUCUCGCCGAGCUAGAGGAAAAGGCCGUGAAUGUGGAGAUCGGAUUGGAAGCUGAGAAGGCGGCAAGUAGGAAAUCCAAGCAGCAUCAAGAAGGAAAGUAUGAUGGAAACCAAAAAUCAUUUAAGGGUAAAGAUAAGGAAAAGGAAUCGGGAGGGCCAAGUCGACGAUCUUUGUUCACAGGAAAAUGCUUUAACUGUGGCAAGAUAGGCCAUAAGUCAACUACGCCAAUCGCUGUUCAUCCUCCUCCAGCUCCACCUGCAAUCGCACCAGUGCCCAAAAGGCAAGCUAUAGGAGGAACUUUACAUGUUGCGGGGCGUCCCACACAUGUAUUGUUUGACUCCGGGGCAACACAUAGUUUUGUGACCCCUGAGGCAGCUGCCGAGUUUUUGGGUUCAUUUGUGAUUGACAGGAUGGAUGUGGCUGUGAAGACUCCCGGAGACCAAACCCUCCAAGCAAAAGAAUGCCUCAGAAGAGUUCCGUUAGUCCUUUGCGAGAAGAUGUUCUUGGCAGAUUUGUUGGUGGUGCCCUUGAAAGGAUGUGAAGUUAUCUUGGGCAUGGAUUGGUUAUCAGGCUACCGGGCACAAUUAGAUUGUGGAAAAGGUCGUAUUUUGUUCAAGGAGAACGGGCAACGACAAAUAGUGUUUUAUGGGAUCAGUCCAAGCAAGUCUGUGUCUUUAGUAGCUGCCUUGAGAGUGGAAGAUUUGCAAGGAUGGAGAAGCGUAUCUGGUAACAGUAACUGCUAG